UGAUCUCCUGGACGUUAACUUUUCAAGAUGAAGUUGUUAUUUGUGAUCCCUUUUUUUAUUUUAAUUUCCUUGUGUGUCGAGGAGGCCUAUUCCAAGGAAAAGUCUUCGAAGAAAGGAAAGGGGAAGAAGAAGCAGUACCUGUGCCCAUCCCAGCAGUCUGCAGAGGACCUGGCCCGAGUACCUGCUAACUCCACAAGCAAUAUCUUGAACCGGCUGCUGGUCAGUUAUGACCCCAGGAUCAGACCAAAUUUCAAAGGCAUUCCUGUUGAUGUCGUGGUCAACAUUUUUAUCAACAGUUUUGGAUCUAUUCAAGAGACAACAAUGGACUAUCGAGUUAACAUCUUCCUGAGACAGAAAUGGAAUGACCCCAGGCUGAAGCUGCCCAGCGACUUCAGGGGCUCGGAUGCCCUGACCGUGGAUCCCACGAUGUACAAAUGUUUGUGGAAACCUGACUUGUUUUUUGCAAAUGAAAAAAGUGCCAAUUUUCAUGAUGUAACCCAAGAAAACAUCCUCCUUUUCAUUUUUCGGGAUGGAGACGUGCUCGUUAGCAUGAGGUUAUCUAUCACUCUCUCCUGCCCCUUGGACCUGACAUUGUUCCCCAUGGACACCCAGCGUUGCAAGAUGCAACUGGAGAGCUUUGGUUACACAACUGAUGAUUUACGAUUCAUCUGGCAAUCAGGGGAUCCUGUUCAAUUAGAAAAAAUUGCCUUGCCACAAUUUGAUAUUAAAAAGGAGGAUAUUGAAUAUGGAAACUGCACAAAGUACUAUAAAGGCACUGGCUACUACACGUGUGUGGAGGUCAUCUUCACCCUGCGCAGACAGGUCGGCUUCUACAUGAUGGGGGUGUACGCCCCAACCUUGCUGAUUGUGGUGCUCUCCUGGCUGUCUUUCUGGAUCAACCCGGACGCAAGUGCUGCCAGGGUCCCUCUGGGUAUCUUCUCAGUGCUCAGUUUGGCCUCUGAGUGCACGACGCUUGCCGCUGAACUCCCCAAAGUGUCCUACGUGAAAGCUCUUGAUGUUUGGCUCAUUGCGUGUCUCCUGUUUGGGUUUGCUUCCCUGGUGGAGUAUGCUGUCGUCCAGGUGAUGCUGAACAACCCCAAAAGAGUGGAAGCAGAAAAGGCAAGGAUUGCUAAGGCAGAGCAAGCAGAUGGAAAAGGUGGGAAUGCCGCCAAAAAGAACACUGUGAAUGGCGCUGGGACUCCCGUUCAUAUCAGCACGUUGCAGGUUGGUGAGACCAGAUGCAAAAAGGUUUGUACUUCAAAGUCUGAUCUGCGAUCUAAUGACUUCAGCAUUGUUGGAAGCUUACCAAGAGAUUUUGAACUAUCCAAUUAUGACUGCUAUGGAAAACCCAUUGAAGUCAACAACGGACUGGGAAAAUCUCAAGCCAAGAACAACAAGAAGCCUCCUCCGGCCAAGCCCGUCAUUCCCACAGCAGCAAAGCGAAUCGAUCUGUAUGCGAGGGCCUUGUUUCCUUUCUGCUUCUUGUUCUUCAAUGUUAUCUAUUGGUCCAUAUAUUUAUGAUGGAUACUGUCGUUUGUGUGAAAUGAAAGCCCACUUCCUUGUGACCAGCUUCUGUCAUAAAUGCCAGUCUGUGAAAACACUUGCGUUUCCAUAGCAAUCUAUUGCAUUCUGGAUGCCACUUGAUUGUAAUCAACAUGUGGCAUCUUAGUGGAAUGGCAGCAUGACCCUGUUCUGUUUGUUCUCCAAUAGCAGUGCAUCAACGCAUAGCAAAUAUGUUGCUUCAGGAGUAAAAGGAGGAUUAGCAUUCUAUGUCCUAUAAAUCCAAGCAGUCCUUGUCAAUUAGUGUAAACCGCCAUACUCUAAAUAAUCCCGGUAAUGAGAUGACGUGCACGCCCAAUCCUGCUGUGGCCUCCAUCCUAGUGUAUGUAGUCCUUCAGAUGUCUUUCCUCUUGUGAUGUUACAAGACAGCUGUCUUCUUCUUAUAUAAUGUUAGGAGUUAAUGUCCCCAAUUAAGCAAAGGUGUGUCACUUUUCAUUUAAACUUUGUAAGUAGAAAUAUAUCGGUUAUCCUUAUGAAGGCUCUGUGAAGAAAUGAAGUUCAAAAAAU